UUCGGUUGAAAUACGUACCCAUCGCCUAAGCCAAGAGAAGACAAUUUGCAAAAUGUUAGUAUGAAAAUUUGAACGAGUCAGUAGUGUUGUCUUAGAAAUUUUAACGGUCCAAUUAUUGAAAUAAAAAUGAAACUUCUCUAUUUUUUAAUUUUAUUGUUCAUUGUGAAUGUUUGGACAGUUGACGUAUUAUUAAAGUACAAGGAGGAAGUAAUCAUUACAAACAAACUCAUCAAGCAAGCUUUCAAAAGGAAUGGUGUUGAGGAUAAUAAAAGUGUAAGAGAACGACCAGGAAUAACUGAUUACUGUACUGGAGAAGACAGCGCACAACAAUCAAAUGGAUUGGAGGUUGUAAUUAAAGCCAUAGUUUGGAAAGAAAAAUUUUCAACAGGGGAAAUGAAUCGUAUGUUCGCUAUACCGGUUGCAGUAACUUCUUCACCCCUUAAGAGAAUAAAUGAAUAUAAAAAACAUGAAACCACCAUGCAAAAAGAAAUAAAAGAUGAAUUAGAUUUGUCUACUCCUGAAGUUACCAAAGAAGAUCUUAAGAACUUAACUUGGGAACAACUUAGAAUUAAAAGAAGAAGACUUAUAAGAAAAGCUUUAAGAAGUAUUCUUAGCCAGGCAUUAGACAACGACAAAAUAAAGGUGACACCUAAUACUACUAGACAUAAAAGGUCGAAGCUUAGUGGCACUAGUGGAAAAGAUAAAACGGUUUUAUUGGACAAAAAAGACGGCGAUUGUUAUAGAAGUACGUGGCCAUUGGAGAUAAUGUGUCGAUUUAUAGCAUUGUACUCGAGUUCAUUAUAUGAAACAGAUUAUUUAUUAGAUUUGACGUUUGAAAAGAAUACUUGUUAUAUAACAAAUUAUCAUUCAGUACCUGAAUCAUUCAGUUACAAGAAAUUUAAUGGCAUAUGGCACCAAGUAGGCAUGGACCCAGAUGUCCCAUUACAACCACUUGAGGAACAAUUAGACUAUGGACCAAGAGUUGUACGACCCAAAAAAAUUACAUAAUACUAUUGAGAUAAUAUUUACAUUGUUCACUUAUAUCCAAGCUGUAAACUGAAUGAAUGUGUUUUAUAAUAAACAGUUAAAUUAUCGAUUAUAAUCACAUUUGAUGCUUAUAUGUUGAUUCACACA